AUGGAGAAUAAUCGAGGAGUGAGAAGGGGUACAUGGACAAAAGAAGAAGAUAUUCUCCUCACAGAAUGCAUACACAAGUAUGGAGAGGGUAACUGGAGUCUUGUCCCACUAAGAGCUGGACUGAACAGAUGCCGUAAGAGCUGCAGGCUGAGGUGGCUUAAUUACCUGAGGCCUAAUAUUGUUAGAGGCCAAUUUACAAAAGACGAAUUUGACCUCAUUACCAGACUACACAAUCUCUUAGGCAACAGGUGGACGCUAAUUGCCGGUAGGCUUCCGGGGAGGACGGCGAACGACGUGAAGAAUUAUUGGAACACGAAGAUUAAAAAUAGUAAUAAUAAGAAGAAAAUGAAGUAUAUUGACCAUCAAAAUAAGAACAAAUUAGUAAAGCCUCAGCCUCAGAAUUUGGCUACGGCUACGGCUACGGUGCCGCCGGAAACAUGUAAUAAAAUGGAUCAUAAGUUCGACGAUGAUGUCCGAAAGCAGUCAUCUUCUUCAUCGUCGUCAUCAUCGCUCGAUUUUGAGAGAGUGGAGGCGGAAGAAUGCAUCCAAUGGUGGAGCAACUUGCUUCUUCAAACAAAUGUUCAAAAUGGAGAUUUUGAACUAUUUGUUGAUCCAUAUUAUGCCCCUCAACUUGCUUAA